CUGACAGUCCAGCACUCCACACUCAAUGUUAUGACCAUUUGGCUGCAGCAUCUGGGUGUCGUGCAGCACUGGAGAAUACGCAGGCCUUGAAUGUCUCUCAGAGAUGUACGGAGGAUACCAACACUUUCCUCUGGGAAUUGAACCAAGACGAUCCAAAGGAAUAUGCUGUUCUCAUGUACGAUGCAUUUGGAAAGAUGGGUAGCAAUGUCAAAGGAGGUGAUGUCAACCAGGCUGGCCUGCUGCAGGAGUGUCACUCUGCACACGGUCCCACCUUCUCUGGGCAGUACUGCCAGGUCUUCUUUAACAAGCCCCAGUACUUUGUGGGUAUAUGUGUUCCUGACUCCUGUGGAGAAGACGAUGUGCAAAUGCUGGUUGUUCACGGGAGACUUCAGUUUGGCCAGACAUCCCUCAUCCCUCCUUUCCCUCACAUCCUAGUCAAUCAAUCCAGUCAGGAGAUGAUCAUGACCCACUGUUUGUCCAACACCAUUUCCCCUGAUGCAUCAGAUGUUAUCUGCCUGUUUGUGUGUGGUGUAAUGGUAGCAGUACCUAUUGCGGCUACCCUGUUGACCGCUAUAAUAAGGUGGCAACAGAACAGAGAAGUCAGUCGCACAGAGGAGUCUUCCUGUUUAAAUACUGGCCUCAACCUUUUUGCAACCCUGAAGACCAAUGGCUCUCACAGUCGCGAUAUUAUUAGUAGCACUUCAGAGGAAAAUAGUAAGUACAAUGUGCAUUAUGUAAGGUAGAUGAUAAGUAAAUGUUAAACACUGAAAAGUUUGUUGAAUAUUGUCUUUCCCUCCCUGAAUGGCAUCCGUGUUCUCAGCCUGUUAUGGAUCAUGGGUGGACACACUGCAGAUUUCAGCCAAAUCAGCCUGGAUAACUACAAAGACUGGAAGAAAACCGCUGAAAGAAGCCCACUGCAUCUGUGCAGCGGGCCUAUUUAUCUGGCUGUGGACACCUUUUUAGUGCUAGGGGGUCUGCUUAGCGCGAGAUCUGUGCUGGGUGCCAUCGGCAGGGCUGAAGACAAACUGAGUCCCAGUUUGGUGGUAAACUACCUCUUCACAAGGAUUAAAAGGAUUCAACCACUGCAUAUGUUCAUUGUGUGUCUAACCAUUGGCCUCGUCUCGCUGGUCCAGUGGGGACCAUACUGGUUCAAAGGCAUAGAUGCAAUGAUGGAUUGUAAGACAAACUGGUGGACUAAUUUACUGUUGAUUAACAAUUUCUUCCCAACCGAAGAGACAUGUCUUCCUUGGACAUGGUACCUGUCUCUGGACUUCCAGUUUUAUGCCACCACUCCUUUGCUGGUCUAUUUGUACAGACUACACAGAGGUGUGUUUGUGGGUGUUGCUGGAGGACUUCUGCUGAUGACCACUGUGGCUGGUGCUGUUGUAACUGCACUCCUGCAGCUUUCAGUCUUUGUGCCAACUACAGUGCCACUUGAAGAUUAUGACUUUUAUUACUAUCUUACACCGCACACAAGAUAUGGGCCGUUUUUAAUCGGGGUCUUGACUGGAAUAUAUUUUACAACAAAGAAAGAUCAGCUGUUAAAGCAAAAGUGGCAGGCAGGACUUGGUUGUUUCUGCUGUCUGUCGCUCAUGGCUGUUGUGGUUGGAGUGGCCAACAUCCUCAGGGAGACCCCGGCCUAUCCGUCUGUACCACACACCCUCUACCAGGGGCUGCACCGGUCCCUCUGGGCUCUGGCUGUGACCUGGAUAAUAUUGGCCUGUGAGGAGGGUUAUAUGCAUCGUUUUAUCAAGAGCUUCUUGUCAUUGGAUUUAUGGGUCCCUCUUUCCAAUAUCAGUUUCUGCAGCUAUCUGAUGCAUCCUAUCUUCUUCACCGUCUACAUUGGCUUGCAAGAAACCCCAAUCCACUACACAGAUAUCAACUUUAUGUACCUGUUCCUUGGCACCCUGGUGCUCACACUGGUGGUCAGCUGUGUGUUUACUGUGCUGGUUGAGAAGCCAUACAGCAUCCUAAAAGUGAUCGACACUUCAUCGCCCUCGACACAAAUCUCUCCAUCUCCACUCGCCGUGCUCACACCCACAACGCCUUUCAAAGUCCAGGCUCCAAAAGAGAAGAGGCAGUGA